UUGUCAGUCUUUGCACCAGCGAUAGCAAAUCAUCCAACAGAAGAUAGAAGAAGAGGAAGCACAUCAACUCCAGGAAGUCAAAGUUCAGUCUUUUUUCUUUUCACGAGAAACUCUAUUUCUCUCCACAAAGAACCAGAAAAUAAUCAAAGAACAACUGUUUGUCCCAGGACAGUGUCUUCAUGUGAGGGGACCCUCUGCCCAUCAUGUCCCUGAUGGGUCCAGUUGUGAGCUUCUAUGUCCUGUGUUGCCUGCUCGCUGUAUCUUUGCAGCCCAGUGAUACUAGCCCAGUCUGUAAAGAAUGUAGCAAUAACAGCACAGGUCAAAAUUCAUCAGAGACUGCUCAGAGAAAUGUGACGGAAUCCUCUUCUCCUGUGAACUCCACCAAUCUUAACCAGCUUUUUAACAGAAGCCGAAAUAGACAGUUUAAUCACACUGUAAAUGAUGCCAACCAGGAUGUCACCGAAAAAGUCAAUGCCACCUCCUUUUCACAUUUCGACUUUUCUACCACCCAAAAGCCCUUAUUACAACCUUCUGCACCACCAGCUAAAAACAGUGAUUCUACGUCAGGACCAGAAGUCACAGAUGCUCGACUUUCACUCAACAAUAAUACUGGACUGAAUAAAACUGCUGGUGUGCCUUCCAAUACUUUAGGAGUACAGGCAAUCAUACCUCCAAAUACUAGUACCACGCUACAGACGUCAACCCUAAAAACAACUCCAACUCCAACUCAUUUAUCCACGACAAAGACGGCUCCUUCUCAUUCACCAAAAACCACUGCACCUGCCCCAGACAAUGUAAUGACAACGCCAUUUUCAAAAACAACAACCACCACCAAGGAACCAGCUACUAUUACUUCUACUACUGCUACUGUUACUACAACUACUUCAACUACAACUGCUACUGCUUCCACUUCUACUACUACUACUACUACUACUACUGCUACUGCUACUUCUGCUGCUGCUGCUUCUACUAAAUCAACUGAUUUUGUUUCUACCAGCUCUGCCCCAACUGUCCAGUACCUGAGCCCAGUGGUGGAGGUGGCAACCAGUGAUUUAACCAGACAGCUGGUAGAUACGGCCUCAUUGUUGGCCAUCCUGCUUUUUGGUUUACUCUUCCUUUUUGUGGUAGUGGCUGUGUUUUUGACCCAGGCCUAUGAGAGCUACAAGAGGAAGGACUACACUCAAGUGGACUAUUUGAUUAAUGGUAUGUACACAGACUCUGGGGUGUGACUAUAGAAACUCAGACUAACACAACCGAGAAUGGGGCUUUAAAAGUCCCUUUGUCAAGUCAGUAUGAAGCCAAAUGGGUUUGAUCAACUGCUUAUUUUGACCAGAUAACACAUGUGAGUAUAACCCUGUGGAAGCUGUGACCAGAGGCACAACUGACACGACCAAUCUUCUCUCAAAAAAGUCUUUAUUGUGAGGUCAGCAUUGUUUCACAGGGGCAGGUUUUGUCCUAUUGGGUUGUAAGACAAGAUGCAGACAAUUUGUCAAAUACUAAACUUUUGCUUUUUAUGCCCAUUCUAUUCAUUCCACAGAAAUUAAGUCUGAACUACCAAAAUCAGCAGUGACUUACUUACCUGACCAGCCAGUCCCUUUAACAUUCUGUUUGAAUCCAGAAAGGUCUAGAAUCGGACCACAGAGUGUGAAAAACCUCAUUCCAACCACAGCUGAUAAUUUGUAGCACAUGUCUCUCAAAUGUGGAAGACCUCUCCACUCAAAAAUUCUCGUAACAUUCAGAACAAAUUAUAAUAAUAUAACAAAAUAUAUAAUAACUUCUUAUACCUGAGAUAAGUAAUAAUUUGGUACUUCAGUCAAUUCUGUUAAAGCCUAUGCUCUUUCUCAGUCCUUUAUAUUGGUUUUUCCCCUAGUUUUUUUUAAUCAGGGUGACAUGAUACAGCUCCAGAAUGAUUUUGUUUUGUGGUUCUGGCUGGUCAGGUAGGUGAUUUACUAUAAUACACCUGGUAACAUCAAGAAUAUGUUCAUUCCUAAUGGGAAAUAUUUGUUUAUAUUUAUUUCUGGUUAUUCCACAUGGCACAGCCAUAAUAACAGCGAAUUUGAGCAAUAUAAUUUACCUCACUGCAGUGUCUUAUGGCAUUGCUGUAUUGCAAUAAUAUAUGUUUAUUUUUUGAAUCAAAGGAAGGUGCAGAGAUUUUCUACAGUGUUCUUUAAGAGCCAAACUCCCAUUGUCUUUAUGUCAUUCCACUACCCAUAUCGCCUCUUGGAAGUUGCAUCUUUGUGGGAAUGCUGGAGAGUUUGUAAUGUUGACCAGUCUAAAGUAUUCUCCAUAAGACAAAAUUCAAACAGAGCCGCCACAGUCUUAAAAGACAGUGUGUACGUUAUGCUAAAGUUUACAGUGGCCUCAAAAGCCACUCUGAACAAAUUUGCCUUCAAAUUUGAUUUUGUGCAAUGUACAGUAUAUAUUUCAAUAUGAGUCAUACCAGUUUGUUUAGUAAAUUGUAGCAAAAAAAAGAGCCGAACUUGCUUUUCAUAAUUGAAUGGACCUUUGUGUUACACUAAUGUUGUGUUAUAAAAGUAACCUCCUAUAUGUGAGUCUCAAUAAUUCUAGUGAAAUACCACACCAGAACAAACAAACAGCGUUGCCUAAGGUGUUGCUUUAUUGCACUUCCAAUAAAGAUGGGAUCAGUUUUCCCACAUAGACUGAUCUGACGGCAUUCAGACUGAGUAGUAUGAUUGCAUUUCUAAAGAGUGACUUAUUAAAACAUGACCAAAAGUUGUCCUUGUGUUCUAACUGCAAGUAUUGUAUAUUGUAUAUUGUUUUUGUUUCCAAUGUUUACUUUUGUUAGGAAAUUUUGUCUUAAAAUGCCAAAAAUGUAAAAGCACAUGAUUGUAAAGCCAAGGGAAUUGUAAAGCCAUUUUGGUUCCUGUUCAGUUGUCAGAUGUGAAGGUGGGUGCAUGUAUUUAAUUCACAAUGGAACUUAAUGCCUUGUGCCAACUCGACAUUGUACCAGUGCACUUUGAUUUUUAACUUGGAUACAAUAAAGGAACAGAAUAA